UUUAAAGUUAAUCCAAAAUGAUCGCAAUCGGAGUGGUUGCUUCCUUCAACGACUCCGUUCUUCUUCUCUCUUCUCCACAAAUCGCCUUCGACCGUCGUCCACUGCCAUGGCUUCAUCUGCCCAAACCCCUUCUCAGAGUGUAUCACCUGGUGAUGCUACCGAUGAAAUCCUUGAGCUGAUUAAUGUUCAUCAGGAAAAGGCUGCUAGACUGCCUUCUAUUGAGGAAGUCAGAACUAUCCUUCAUCAUAGCAUCCGAGGAACACUUUCUACGAUCUCUCAGAAGCACGAGGGUUAUCCAUCCGGAUCAAUGGUUGAUUUUGCAUGUGAUGCCUAUGGAUCUCCAAUACUAGCAGUCAGUAACUUGGCUGUUCAUACGAAGGAUCUUCUGGCUAAUCCUAAAUGCUCGUUGCUUGUAGCUAAAGAUCCGGAGGAUAGAACAGACUUGAUUAUAACUCUACUUGGUGAUGCUGUUUCUGUUUCUGAAACGGAUAGGGAUGCUAUUCGUAAAGCAUAUUUGGCAAGACAUCCUGAUGCAUCCUGGGUUGACUUUGAUGACUUCCGGUUUCUGCGCAUUCAACCGAAAGCUGUACGCUUUGUUUCUGGUGUUGCUACAGCUUUGUUGCGAUCAGGAGAGUUCACCAACGAGGAGUUCAGAGAAGCAAAAGUUGAUCAAAUCUAUCAGUUUUCUAAGCCUAUAUCGUCUCACAUGAAUAAAGACCAUUCAAACGAUACAAAACUCAUAGUUCAGCAUUCAACAUCAGUUCCGGUGGACUUUGCAUACAUGCUGGAUGUUGAUAGCCUUGGCUUCAAUGUAAAGGCUGGUUAUAAAGAUAGCAAAUUUAAGCUUCGGAUUCCAUUCCCUAGACCCGCAGAAGAAAGAAAGGAUGUGAAAACGCUCAUAAUCGUAAUGCUUCAAGCUGCCAAGUCUCGAGUCGAUUGAUCCUGCAAACUAACAUUGAUCAUGGAAAGCAUCAACUACCUUUCACUUUAGGUAACGUUGUAUAAACCGGUGCUUCAUAAAAAACAGUAUCUCUAGUUUUAACGUUUUCAAAUCCGAAGUCAUUCAGGAUUUACAGGUUGUUUUUGAUUUGUUAUCCCAACAUACUUAUAAAAAGGGAGCGUUAAUUUCGUUUUCUAGA